CGCCGGCUGCCAACUUCGCGCGCGGAGCUCCCCGGCGGCGCGGUCCCGGCGGCGCGGGCGGCAUGAAGACGAGCCGCCGCGGCCGAGCGCUCCUGGCCGUGGCCCUGAACCUGCUGGCGCUGCUCUUCGCCACCACCGCCUUCCUCACCACGCACUGGUGCCAGGGCACGCAGCGGGUCCCCAAGCCCGGCUGCGGCCAGGGCGGGCGCGCCAACUGCCCCAACUCGGGCGCCAACGCCACGGCCAACGGCACCGCCGCCCCCGCCGCCGCCGCCGCCGCCGCCGCCGCGGGGAACGGCCCCCCUGGCGGCGCGCUCUACAGCUGGGAGACGGGCGACGACCGCUUCCUCUUCAGGAAUUUCCACACCGGCAUCUGGUACUCGUGCGAGGAGGAGCUCGGCGGGCUCGGUGAAAAAUGUCGCAGCUUCAUUGACCUGGCCCCAGCAUCGGAGAAGGGGGUCCUGUGGCUGUCGGUGGUCUCCGAGGUGCUCUAUAUCCUCCUGCUGGUGGUUGGCUUCAGCCUCAUGUGUCUCGAGCUUUUCCACUCCAGCAAUGUCAUCGACGGGCUCAAGCUCAAUGCCUUCGCAGCUGUCUUCACGGUGCUGUCAGGCCUCCUGGGAAUGGUAGCCCACAUGAUGUACACGCAAGUAUUCCAGGUCACUGUGAGCCUCGGCCCUGAAGACUGGAGACCCCACUCCUGGGACUACGGGUGGUCUUUCUGGGUUGUCGGAGGGACUACGUGGGACCAAGCUCUUAACGCGCUUAGUACACACCUGGCGUGGGGCUCCUUUACCUGCUGCAUGGCGGCCUCUGUCACCACACUCAACUCCUACACCAAGACGGUCAUUGAGUUCCGGCACAAGCGCAAGGUCUUUGAGCAGGGCUACCGGGAGGAGCCAACCUUCAUAGACCCUGAGGCCAUCAAGUACUUCCGGGAGAGGACACCAUCCACACAUGGGAGAGUCCUGGCCCCGGGGCUCCGCACAGGAGGUGCCAGAGCUGAACCGCCAGUGCUGGGUGCUGGGGCACUGGGUGUGACUGAGACCCAGCGCGGCCCCCGGACCUCAGGCCGCCCGCCAGAAGACUGCUCUGGUGCCCCUGGAAAGCUGGCCUGUGUGCUGGGAACUCAGCCAGCCUGCGCGGGAGACACAGGCCUGCCCUCCCCACUGCCUCCUGGGGCUCAGGGCCCUGGACAUGGAGCCGGGGUGGCCUGACGGAAUGCACAGGGCUGCGCAUGGCGACUCUGGGACAGCAACCCCUGACUCUUGCCACCAUCACAUGCAGCACCCUGUCCGGUGCAGCUGGGAUACCACGGAAAGCCGGCCAGGAAGUUCAGGGCGUGUCCAGCGGCGCGGGGCCCUGCACGAAGCAGGGAGCGGGUGGGGCUUCCCGGCGUUGGCACCACAGGGUGGGGGGGGGGCACACAGCAGGCACACAGCAGGGGCACAAUAAAUGCUUGUUGAACCUGUUUUCUUGCUAUGUGUGGAGGCCAGUUGCUCUCUGGGCUGUGGCUGCCCCCCCCAGGGCCCCACCCUAUCGGGUCCUCAAGGAGCCUGAAGGUGGGACAGCCUGAGUGUGCUGGGGUCAGGGCCAGACACUGAGGUGCCGGAAGGAGGGAGCCCAGAGUGGAAGCUGGGUCUGGGGUGUCAGGGUCAGGGCGGAGCCAGGCUGGCAGGCUGCCUUGGAUUCCAGAGGGUGGGCAAGGUAAGGAUGGGACAGGCAGGUGGGGAAUUUGGGAGACAGGCCCUCAAGCCCAGGCCUUAAGCCGUCCUGACCCCAUGGGGACCCUUGACCCUGUGUCUACAGCUACCUUUACAUCAAGUUCUGGGGCUUAGGUGCCUGGGGAAACAUCCCUAUUAUAAAGAUGAGGGAACUUAGGGUCACAGAGAUGAAGUAACUUGCCCAAGAUCACAGAGCUAGUAAAUGGCAGAGAUGGGGUCAGACCCAGGACUUUAAGAAGCCUCAUCCCGUUCCAGAAGGAUUUCUAGAGCUUUCCCCCAAGUAGAGAAUGUUCUUCAUCCUUCCGUAAGUCCAUCUAUCAUCCAUCCAUUAUUCAUCCUCCGUCAUCCGUCCAUCAUCUAUCCAUCCAUCCAUCCUCCACCCACCCAUCCAUCAUCCACCCAUCCAUCAUCUAUCAUCCAUCCAUCCUCCACUUACCAGAUGUCAUCCUUCCUUGUGUCAGAUGUCCGUCCAUCUUCCUUCUGCGUAUGACCCAUCCUCAUUAUUUAACUAUCUGUGUAUCCAUCUAUCUGGUGAUACAGUUCAUUGUGCCCCUACUAUGUGCCAAGCACUGCAGUAGGCACUUGAGAUAGGAUAUUAAGCCAUCCAGAUGGAUGUCUGUCCUCACAGAUGGGCAUGACAGAGAGCUAGACAGAUGGUUGUUGUACAGUGUGUGGCGUGUUUGGUGCCCGGCUCUGGGGCCAGGCAACCUGGGUUUAGAUUCCAGCACCUCCCCGAGACCUUAGGCAAGUGACCUAACCUCUCUGUGCCUCCUCUCCAUGGGCCAUGGCAACAAUCAGUACACCUACCUCUUACAGCUGUCCUGAGGGCUGAGCUCCGACAUGUGAGGCAUUUAGAACAGAGCCUGGCACAGAGUGAGUGCUUUGUUGGUGUUUGCUCUUAUCUUGAUGGGGGAAAGUCAGGGGCUGUGGGAUCCCAAAGGCAGCACCUGCUGGGGGAGGGAGGAGGAGGCGGUGGUCAGGAGGGCUCCUUUGGGAAAAAGAUAUUUAAGCCAAGACAUGGGGGUUGUCUAGAUGUCAGGCAAGAGGAGAGAGAGGAAGAAAGUCGGAACAUUACAGGAACCUUACCACAGUCUAGACAGCAGGUGUGGAGAGAGGGGAGGGUCACAGGGGGUGAGAAAUGCGGCUGCAGAGGAGGUCGGGGGAGCCAGGCCAGAGGGACUCAAAGCCUCCCUAGGAAGCUUGGACCUACCCACAGUCCACAGCCCCGCUGUGCAUUUCUAGGAGGAUCUCUGCCCCUGUAUCCCUCCCAUGCUCAGAGAGAGAGAAGACGGUGAUCUGGUUCACAAAGUGGCCCCAGGGAUGGGACAACGAGGGCAGAGUCAGGAGCCAGUCACGAGGGAAAAUCAACAGACUCAUGUGGGGGGAAAGUCGGCAAAGUCUCAGAUUCCGGGCUUGGGUCAGGGGCGGGUCCAGAUGGCUUGAGUCUCAGGUGCCAGGGGACACCCACGUGGAGGUGUGUGCUCCUUCAUUCACGCAUGCAUUGAUUCAUCAAGAGAUUCAUUAAUCCAUUUUCCAUUCAGUCAGUAAAUAUUGUGCACCUACUGUGUGCGGCGGGAGAUGGGCCUGGGAGGGGGAUUGGGGUCCACUGACAAAGAUCUCGAAUGUCAGGACCAGGAGUUUGGGCUUUGGCUCCUGGGCAGGACGUGGGGCUGAGCUCCCAGGGCCCCGGGCAUCUUGGGGCUCUUUCUCCUCAGCUGGAGUCCUUCUGUAGUUGGCGGCUGGACCUCCAAAGCCCACGACAUGAUUUUAAUCGACACAUGGGCACAAUUUUAAUCUAUUUUAAUAGUUGUGUUUAUGUAAAUGUGUAUUAGGAAAAAAUGUGUAAUGGGCACAUUAGUGUCAUGAUUUCACCGACGCUGUUGCUUAGGACGAAACCAAAAUAGGCAUUUAAGUAAAAAGACAAAGAGCUGGCUUGAAGAAAAAUAUUCAAUAAAUAA